UCAAAAUUAUAACCUUAAAAUUUAUUGAUUGUUUUGCAGUGUAUAAAUACACAAAAUUCUAAUUAAUUGAAAUAAAAAGCUACAAUUAUGUUCUUUAAAUUAAUACUUCAAACCGAGUUAAGGUUGUGCCAGCGUACAUUUGCUAAAGGUUUGAGCUCCAAGCCUGCAUGGGAUAUUGUAACUGGCGUAUGUAUUGAGAGGCUGCCAGUGGUGACACCACCACUAAAUGAAAUGCAAAAGAAAUACAAGGAAAUGUUGUAUGCCAUGGAAGUUGAGAAAAGUUAUAAGUCUGACCAUGAAGUUAGACAUGACAAUGAUAAAAUACAAGCAGAACUAAUUAAAAAUGAAUCGAUUGAUGUAGACUUAGAUGCAGUAAGCAAGAUCACAGCCCAGGACUUUGAAGAUGCAGCUAACGAAGAGUUUGCACAAUUUAAGUUUGCUGAUAUUGAAACAGAAGCAGACAAAAAAGGAGAUAAGACAUCACUAGAGAGGUGCCUACAAAGACAUUUGGUUCUAGUAACUGAGCUUGAGCUUGGUAAAGACAAGAAAAACAUGUUGCCUCAAGGAAAAUGGGCACAGGGAGAAACCUUGAGGCAGACUGCUGAAAGGAUAGUCUCCGAACACUGUGGCUCAGAACUAAAAGUGCAGUUCGUUUCCAACGCACCCUGUGGUUUCUACAAAUAUAAAUACCCUUCAGAAAUUGAUGGAAAAGUUGGAGCUAAGGUAUUCUUUUAUUACGCCAAUUACAAAAGCGGUAAGCUAACAAAUAAAGCGAAAGCGAACUGGCUCACGCGCACUGAACUAAUGGAUACGCUGCCCGAUAAGUAUAAGAAAUCAGUACACGAGUUUUUGAUUGAAGAAACAUUUUAGUUUGUAAUUAAAUAGUUCGUCGUAAUAAAUUAAUUAAGUAGUUA